AUGACGGCCAUUCCCUCUGCUGUGGUGACCGAUAACCAGCGACUGUCGUUUGCAAGAGUUGCCGCUGCAUCAGCGUCCAAGGACAUUUCCACCACUACUACCAUUGUGAAAUCUCCAGGUCCAUCGCCGCCCAAGGAGAAAAGGGAGACCACCAAGAGCGUCGAUGUUCCGGUUCCGCCAGUAGUCACGGCCAACCCCGCGCUCGAAAUGUCGACCCCGGAAUCGAACAUUUCACCAGCUGCGCAGAAGAUGGCCAGCACGGCUCAGUCCAUGGAUGCCAAGGUUGUUGAGGGGUUGAAGGAUUUGAAGCUCGAGGCGUCACCGUCUAAUGUCAUUGUGGCCAACGGGUCUCUGUCCGGCGCCGUGGAAAGGUCGAGCAGAGCCAGUAACGGCCAAACACCAGCCGACGACGUUUCGCAACGAGCAGACUCGAAUUCCGAGCUUGGAACGAAGCCGCCCAGUCUUGACGGCAAAAGUAUCACGUCCGGGACCACAUUCGCUCUAGACGAGAAGGAAUCGCUGCGUCCUGAUGACAGUGCCAGCGUGAAGGCUGCGGCCGAGGACGACGAUGCGUUUUCCAUCCGCGGCUCCUACAUGGCCAGCUCGCGCAUGGGCUCAGACGUGGCCGCUCGCAUUCACCGCAUCCAGAUUGGCGACAUGCCAUCACGAGCAGCGACUGCCCACCAUGGCCUGGUUGGUAACAAAAACCAGGGAAUCGUCACCCCCCAAAGUGGUGUCUCUGACAAGCAGCUUACCUCAGAUGCGAAGCUGCCUCUUGUCAGCGGAGCAGUCGCGCCUGAUGGGAUGGCAAACGGCUUCCUGAGCCAACACCCAGACGAGAAGCUGUUGGAAGCUAUGCAGUCCCACAAGGACCGCAUCUUUCUUUUGCGAUUGGAACAGCAGGUGAUCGAAUUCGUACAGGAUUCAAAAGAGCCUUUCAUGGACCUGCCUCCAAGCAACUCAUUCUGCAGAAUGCUGAUGCAUAAACUGGCAGACUACUACCAUAUGACACACUCCUUCGAGUCCCAAGCUGGGGCGGUGCGUAUCUUUAGGACGCCCUUCUGCCGGAUCCCUCCCUCUCUGUCUAGUAUUGCAGCAAACACUCCUAAUAGCAGUUCUCCGGCACCCGCCGUGAUGCCGCGAAAGAUCAUGCGUCGGGGUGAGGAUGGAGAGUUUGGCCCCGCAAGUGCGGCUCCCUCUAAGCCAACCUCGGAAGCUGGCAGCGAUGGCAAGGACAAGUCUGUCCCUCGGGAGAAGAUGACGCGAGAGGAGCGAGAAGAGGCGUACAACAAAGCCCGUCAACGCAUUUUUGGAAGUAGUGAAAAUAAGGAGAAUCAGAACCAAGAUGGCGAGGACAGUAAUGGUGUCUCUCGUGCCAGCUCUGUUUCCGCCAAGGAUAGAGUCAACGGUGGAAAAAGAAAGGUCAACAAGCAACGACGAGAUGACAACGAGGGCUUUGAGUCUCGCUCGCAGUUCGUUGCUUGGUGCGGGCCCCAACAACCUACCUGGGCGGCUGCAGGGCCUCAGUAUUAUCAGGUCGCUGCACCUCAGUUCAACGGGCAAUACCAGCAGCAACAGCCGCCACAACCGGUGUAUCAGACUACCAUGCAGCCCAUGUAUGGACCUGGCCAACCGCAUCCUCCCCAGAUGAUGCCUGGCAAUGGAUAUCCUCCUCAUUACAAUGCCGUGCCUCAGACCUAUCAGACUCCGGCUGGACCACAACCAAGAGCUCCACUGCCACCUCAGCCGGCCUACCAGGCCCCUAAUGCCCCCCCAGUGGCCGGGCCGAUGUACAACGCUCCUGUCCCGGCCAUUCAGCAGCCAGCAUGGCCGCAACAACCACAACCCCAGGCGCAGCCCCAACCUCAACCUCAACAGCCCCCAGCCUUCACUCAGGGUGUUUAUCCGCCUCCGCGGGGGAGCCCUGUUCCUGGCCAUGCUGGGAUUCCUUAUGCCUUUGGACAGCUUCCUGUCAAUGUCAACCCCAACGAUCCCAAGAGCCAGCAUCCAAUUCCAGGGAGCUACAGCCGUCAGUCCUUCAACCCAAAGACGCAGUCUUUUGUGCCCGGCGGCGGAAUCCCCAUGCAGCAGUCUACGCCGCCGCCGGCUGGAUCAUAUGGAGGAACAAGCUCUCACCACGGCAGUCCGCAUCCUCAGUUCAACUCACCUCACUUGAGUUACGCCGGGUACCAGCAGCCGAUUCCGCAGCCAAUGCCGCAGCCCGGUUAUGGGCCGGUGCCCGGUGCCUACAGUAUGACGAGACAGAGCUCCAACGCCUCCAUGACGCAGUACCACAAUGUGCAUCAACCUCUGCACGGCAUGCCCCCGCAUGCGCCGCAGCAUAUGGGCGGUCCACCACACAUGGCACCCAAGUCCAACGGGCCGCCAGGACAGCAGACAUAUAGCCACCUACCGAAUUACGGCAACCCAGCCACAUUGCCGCAGAAGCCCUCGACUUGA